UCAUGGUGAAACUAGAAAAGGAAGAUAUUGAAGCCGCAUUGCUUCUUUCUUGGUUGAAGUACGUCCCUGUAGAGCCUGAAAUUGUGGAGAAAUCGAAGAGAAGGCUUCGAAGAAUCAAGAAAAAUGAAACCCCAGAACUUCAAAUUUCGAAAAGUGUGAAAAAUUCACCUUCUGCUUCUGGUGCUGGAAACCCAAAAAGGGUUCGACUGUCGAGCAAUUUUAAUGGCCGUGAAGCUGCUUCUAGUUCUAGAAAUUCCAAUCCAGUUCCAAAAAGGGGUCGUGUUUUGCCUUCGAAUUUACCUGGGUCUUUACCAAAAUCCCCCCCAAUUGAGAAUUUAAGAACCCUAAUUGGACAAUGCAGUAACCCAUUUGUGAAGCAAUUGACGAAUUCCGAUGUGGAUGAACAUCAAGGUAGGCUCUUACUCAACAAUGAAUAUGUAAGGAAGCAACUUCUCCCAUUGUUGAAUGAAAAAUCUGAAGAUCUUACUACUGGUAUCAGUGUUAAAACUUUUGAUCCAAUGGGUAAAUAUUGCAACAUGAUAUUCAAAACUUGGGGGAAUCACAAAACUUAUCUGCUUUUAGGAAGCUGGAAACAGUUUGUUCAAGAACAUGGAUUGAAGGAAAGUGAUCGUGUUACUGGUUGGAUGUUUCGCCAUAGUCGAACUGGUGAGCUCUGUUUUGCUCUAACAUGGUGA